ACAAUAUAUAUACAGGUGUCGACUACUCUCAUGUUAGUCAACUUAACUCUCUACGAAAAGCAAAAGCUACAACAUGUUAUUAACAGUCCUGUGUUUGACGCUACUGGCUGCUACUGCAACUUCGGCUGAGAUCUCCCAAGAUAUCAUUACAAAUAUCAGAAACACGAUUAAAGAUAUUAAAGGCCCCUGCUUACAAAGUGAAGGUGCGAGUGAAACCGACCUAGAAGAUAUAUUAUCGAAAGGAAUAUACAGUACUAGUCGUAACUUAAAAUGUGCUUUGAAGUGCCUUUAUAUAGGUACCAAUAUUAUAAGCUCAACCGGAGUAAUUAACGAAGCAAAUAUGAAGUUAAAAACUGGAACUAUAAAUGUGAAUACUCAAAAUGCAGUAUUCGCGAACUGCGCAGGAUUUACGAAUGCAGAUCUCUGUGAGAGGGUAUAUGAAAUUAGUAAAUGCACCUACCGUACCUUAAAGGGAUCGUUCGGUGCUACUUGGUUGGACACAUAAUUUCUUUAAGUGAAUCGUACUUAAAAGUGCACUAUAUUGAUUACGUUAAUCCUUAUUACAUUUUGGCUACGGUACUUUUAUUAUACUUACUUAAUUCUAUUUCUGUUAGUAUGCUAAUUUCUUUUUAUGUUGCACAUAUAUUUUAAUAGAACCUAGAGGGAUUUCCCGUUAAAUAAAUAAAUAAAUAAAAUGAAAA